AUGGAUUGCUUUUCUAACUGCGACUUGGACACAUGGCUCACAUCACUCGAUGCAACAAGUCGUGAUAAAGUAGUUGAAUUAACUCUCCCUCAAAUCCAAAUCAGAGGACCGCGCUUCCAAUCCACCCCGCUUCUUCAGUCCCAGAAUAUACCUUCCUCGGCACCUCUUUCUGCGACGGAAGGGACAGGUGGCAUUAGGUUGUACAGUUUUGAGCUGGAGGAAAAACAGGCGUUAGGAGCUCAGCAUAGACUUCGUCAUAACCACGAUGCCCCUGAUAUUGAGGCAGUAGAUCUGAUUCCGAACCGUCCCAUGUGGGAGGGCGCGGCAACUGGGGCGGCGAUCUCGAUUGGAGAGGCAACCCGUCUUCUCCAACUGGCUGAUUUGACCUGCACUCUCUCGUUCGUAAUCACAACAUCUCAACCGGGCAAUGCGCUCUCCACGAUCUCUUGGAGCCUGCUUUUCGACAUAGUUCACAGACCGAAAAGCACUCCCAAUGACUCCCUGCGUUUGAGAGACGUCAUUCAUAUUAUGGCUGCUAUUUCUGACAUUCAAAUGCGAAUAUCGAAUCUCUUAAGCGAGAUUUUCGCUACUAAGAGGCUCAUUGGGUCCCAAAUUUGCAAAACAAAGGAUGUUGAUAGCCUUUCGAAUGCUUCGACGUCAACUGAGACGACACCGUGCGGUAUGGAACUCUUCAGCUCUACAAAGAAGUCCUCCUCAAUAGUCUCUUGUGUGAAUCACUCCUCGUCAUGCUCUCUAGCUGAAUCGCGAAAUGCCACUUUACAUCUCACUCCACCCAACAUGCCACGCACAUCCACUUCACGAGUUCCCAUUAGGGGUGCCAUUCAAGUAAUGCUUCCCAUCACCUCUGGGGAGCUGUGCUUGAGUGAUGAGCAGUCAAAGAUCAUAUGGGAGGCAAAUAAUUUCCGCACAACCAUCUCUAUCUACGAUACUCCAUUCUACCUCAAUCUUCGAUUGCAGCUUGAACGAACAGCGUUUUACGAAGAAUCGGAGGUUAACCAAAGGCGUCCAAAACCUCAGGAACCUCAGAGAGUCGAUAGUGAUAGUGAAGUAGAUGUUACACCCUCUUGUCACUUUCAAUCCACAUCGCAACUUGUCAUCUCCCUCACUCGUUGCCCUGCUGCCUUUCUAUGUCGUUUUUUUGGUAAUAAGCGUUUCUCACACUGGCUGGACAGACAGAGUGAACGGUUUCUUCAGGGCGAGGAUCGGAUAAAGCUUGAUGAUGUUGGUCCUCCCUUCGUCAACUGUGUUUACAUAAAAUUAAAACCCUUGGAUGUGGUCCUCUGUCCACAGCUUGCGUUUUGCCUGAAAGAUGAUCUGAAUGUGCUUCAUGACUCCAAGAAUAUCGUUUCAACAAAUAGUAGGAGGUCCUUUGGUGUACAAGCACCGCUCUCAGGGAAUUGUAUGCCGUUGCUGUUCAUUGCACUUGACGAAUUGCGGCUCUUCGUUCCCUCCUCAGGACUCCUUCAUUCUACCUGUGGAACUAUUAGUUCCUGUGAUACCCUGGCCAUUACUCUUUGUGCUAUGCAAAUUCAUCCCUUUCCAACAAACCGCAUCACCUCCAGGCCAGAAGCUGCGUCUAUCCAUUCGAAAGCCAUCACCUUGACGAGUAAAGUCGGAUCCGUUUACGAGGAUAGGCAAUUUGCUCUGCGUCUCAAAGACCUAGCUUGUUCGGCAGUCAAUUUUGUUGAAGCUCUAAAUUUCACAGGAAGCGCUCACAGCCUCGACUACCAACCCACUCUGAUCGGUCAAUAUCCCGCUUUUGAGUGGAAUCAGGCUGCAACUCGCCUUAAUGACAUCAAGGACGCUGUCUGGAUACUGCCAAUUUUACGUCCUCUCGACAUAACAGCUGUCUUUGCCGCUCCUGUUUGCGAAACCAAUCUCACUUAUGGCCAGCGUCGUCAGUUGAAAGAGCUUGCUUCUCUACUUCUGGCAACGACGAAUUGCUUCUGGUUAACCUUUCCUGUCAAAAUCCAAAGGCAAGUUGACAAUGAUCUCCAGUUUGAUGAUCUCAUUCGCGUCAUAAUAGUAUUCCUGUUUUUGUUGCAGGAACAGCAUUUCCAUGCUGUAGUUCGUAUUCAACGAGACUUGACGUUUGUUUUCACGCCAAACAUGCUUCUUCAUUUAAGCCAUGCAGACGAUGAAAUUCGGUUCGACACACAGGGGAUUCAGAUGUACGGAACGACUAAACAGAAAAAGGACUGGAGAGGUUUUUAUUCUGAACUAAAAAUGAGGUGUAUCGGCGCUCGCUUGAAUGAAUUUCAACUUAUUCCCACUUCCAUGGAAAUUUCCCUCAGAUUGUGCACAGAAGUUUCUCUAAUGAGCAUUCCUACGACUGUUAUACGCAUGGAAAUCUCCAGAGGCACCAAAAUAGUGAUUCCCUUUAGAAAUGAGUUUAAGAGACUCGUCCAGGCCUUUAUUAUAGCAAUGCAUCAAGAAAACAACAAUAUUUUAAAAGUGAAGAAACCUUCUAGAUGGCAUCUGCCGAGUCGAUGUGUCUUUCACGACGACUUGCGAAGGAAGUUGGCCUACGACUUUUCGUUUUUCGUUCCCACGGAAUCCACAGGUUUUGCUGACAUCUCCCAAUGGCUCCCUCUUCCCUAUGAAGUCGUCUUUGCCGAAUUUGACCAAUUCGCUCUGGCAGAUGCUGCAGAUUCCAACUGUGUAACAAUGACAUGGACAUUUCCUGAACUGCGCCAACCCAUCCGACUCACUAUGAAUCCCAUACCAUUCUUUUAUGGCAAUGAUGUUGGCGAACUUGGCAAUGUUUUGUUACCAGGUCGCUUGCAAUAUUGGAGUGAUUAUGUGGGCGAUUAUGGUGGUUUCGUUACCUACGCCGCUUUCAACCUCCUUGAGAACGCCUCUGUCGACGUCCUUCUUCCACAAACUUUGGCUGAAUUUCCACAUUCCUUAGAGAUAGUAUCUCAAGCCCAAAGGCAGCAGCUAGUUCGUGGAUUCUCUUUGAGUGACAGAAACGUUUUGUGGGGUCCCAUGGUUGACUCUAACUCGAAUUUACCCUUACCAGUGGCCUCAAAGUCGUGGAGAGUUCUCAUCAGUUGUGUUGGCAGAAUUACCUCUACGGAGAAAUCUGCCUCUCCUGAAUGCAAACGCUUUACCAUUCCUGUUUCCUUCUCUCCGUAUGCUCUGGCCGCCUGCGCACAACUUGAUUCCGUCUACAUUCCCGAAUUCACAACGCCAGUGUCAUUUUGCGUCAGACUUGACGACUUCUGUCUCUCUACAUGGCAGGCAUGUCAUCCAUUUGGUAUGCCGGAGCCCAGUCUCGAAAUGGGGCGGUUGACAGUUCUUAAACUGCGUGCUAUACUAGCGACUUCCUUUGGAAAUCCGCCCAACCAGGCGCCAGCAAUUAUACCGGCUCUUGACCAGUCAAUCACACACGCUGAAUCCACACUGACGGCAGGUAUUGCAGUGGAAUCUAUGGCCAUCCACGUCUUCAGUCCACACGGAGCACACAUGCAGUUGUUGGGUGAAGUGGAACACGUUUUCAGUAUGAAUGGGGCGUGCAUUUCCAUCGGGACAUGCCAUUUGUGUUGCAGCAGUGACCUUGUCCAUGCGCUAAGCCAAAUCAUAACAGGAGAGGGUAAAACAGGCUGGGAGAUCUGCAAUCGGACAGAUAGGCGGCUUAUAGUAGAGCAGUAUUUCAGUUAUUCUUCGGCCGAUGGACCGGCGGCAAGUGCGCUGUCCAAUAUCAUGAGUGUCAUCGUGGAAGCUGGAGGAUGUUUUACAUCGUGGCGACCGAUCGUAAUGGCUAAGACCCGGACAAUUACCCUCAGGAUUUCUUUAUGCACUAGCUCUAAAAUGAUGGUUCGGAGUGCUCCACUGUCUACCGCCUGGCCUCCUGAGCACGCUCAUGGCACCUUUGCACAGCCAAUCCAGUGGGAUGAUGCUGAGCCUCAGGAUGAUUUCUUCCCCUUCGCAAUUCUCCUUAUUCCUCCUCGAUCCUCGUCUGGACUCCCUGGCGAGGCAAGCAUUGCUAUUAUCAUUCAUCCAACUUUCACUAUGGAGAACAAACUUCCCAUUGAUCUUUCUCUCCGCCUUCCCAAUGGUUUAACCAAGUGCAUUACGGCAUCUUCUUCUUACGGCCUUUGCUUCUCGCCGAAAGCAACUCCUGAACUUGCACUAUCUGCCUUGCGUACUGACGCGUUCGUGCCCUUGGAGAUUGAGAAGUUGACUGCUCAAGAAGAGAGGAUUUUAUGGCUCCCUGUCGCAGAGACUGCUUGUUCCGUGCUACUCAAAGUUAAUCACGUGUUUUACGAAAUGGUAUCGGAUCCAGUUAGAUUGAUUACAAUAACACCGGUGCUCAGCAUCACGAAUGCGUUGCCGAUACUACUAACUCUGGUCUCAGAUGCCUCUUGCAAAUCUUCUGUCUCUUUUCUCACUUCUUCUGGCCAAGGAAUCUCUAGGAGCUUUGAAAUUCCUAAGGAAUCCACAACUUCUGUUUUAGUCGCUUUUCAGCGAGGCAGCGUGCCUGCGUUAAAUUUUCAGUACCCCGACAAGACCCCGGUUUUUGGGUCAUCGCUUUUACUACCUUGGAGGGCACUCUCCGGACACCUUGACGUUGUUGUGCAGCCUUGGCUUCUCAUAAGUAACCGCAGUGGUAUUUGUCUGCAGCUCUGUACUGCAAGCAAUUUGAAGGACAUUAAUCUUCCAGAUGAGUCUGCUGUCAGAUUUGAUUCCAGUUCCUGCCACAUACCCGCUGCGGGUGAACGCCUAUUUCGGUUUGGAAUCAGCCUUAAUGGCAAUACAGUGUGGUCGCCUGCCCUCUUAGUCCACAAAUCUGUAUUUUCCCCUUCCAUCACCGUUCCGAGUGAGGCGGUGACGCUAACGGUAAGUGGUGUGUCACGGACUCAGCAGCAGCGAAACCGUGGUGGAUCAGCGGCAGCAGAGGCAGUGGUGAGCCUUACGCGCUCGUGCACUCUGGCGCCGCUUGCUCUGCGCCUCGGUCGGGUGGUAUGCUGCCUUGUUGCUCACCUCUACUUUGCACCCCCUCGAGGCGUCGUCACCAUCAGCAUUGAACCCCUUCUGUCUGUCGGUAAUCGAACAGGGCAUCCUCUUUUCUGCCAACCCAUUGUCACGCCUGCCCUUCACGUACAUCAGUCUCUUCCUAUGGCAUCCUUAGACGAGCUUAGAGCCGAUGUUUUAGCUCUACCAAAGUCUGGCGACAACUUGACUCCAAUACUCUUUUGGAACAACUCUCAUCCUGAAGUGGACUUCGACGACGCCGAUUUAUAUGGUGUGUCCUUCGCACAUCUUCUUGUUCUUCGGAGCCAUUCGGGUACAUUUUGGAGCCGUUCUCUCCAUUUAACUGGAGUCUAUUCAUUCGAUGGCGUUCGUUCUUGUUCAGCUACUUUCUUAUAUAAUCGUUAUUACCACAUCUCGCUGCCCACUCUCAAUGAAGAUGGAGACACAGGCGAGUGGUCAGUUCUUCUAAACCUUUGUAAUGACCUGCACACGGGACUGUGGACUCUUUACUUGGAUAACUUUGCUCCCUCUCUCUCCUACUCACUUGGCUGCAGCUUGACUAAUGAGACUGAUUUUUUGUUUGAAGCCUCAUUCCUCAGUCUUUCUAACUUUCAUCAGCUUCCUGUUUCAAAUGCUCUACCCUGUGUUCCGCCAAGUGGGGGAAAGUUGGUGCUCAUCCCUCAGAUAUCUCUCGAUCACCUUGCCGGAGUGCGGAUCGAUGGUGAAACUUCUGCGGCACUACCUGUAUCAACAUUUCUUUGCCAUGAGGACGCACAUCUCUUUCUGCGUCUGCAUUCAGACGACGUGGUCAUAAAAGUAGCUGACUGUAAAGAUAGUCCCAUUCCGUUAAGAUUUGGAAACAAAACAGUCUUUGUUCAGCAGAUUGCUAAUGGGGUCCUUCCAUUUUGCACUGACUUGACUAUUUUUACUGAUCAGAAACCCAUGUUUUCGCAUUGGCCACGUGCUGAUCAACCCUUGUCCCUAACUGUUUUCAUCGAUACGACGUUGAUUUUUGCGCCAGUAUGUGGCUCAGUACUUCCGCUAGGUGCAUCAGGCUUGAAAGAUUUCCUUCGUGUUUGCAUCCGACGCAUUGGCGCCACAUAUACGAGGAGGGAGAAUGCAUUCUUAUUCGACUUCAGCAUCACUUCCUCUCUGAUUCAAAUAGAUAAUCUCGCUCAAAUCACUUUGUCCACCUUCGAUUUUCCUGUUCUCAUGCGGUCUGUUCUUCCUUGCACCGUGGAGGAAAAUGGCACCGGUGUUGCCUCUUGCACUUGUCAAGUCCGCUACCUUUCCCCCACAGACUUCCUCUUUGACAGCUUUUAUAUUCGAUUGCCAUCAAUUGAAGCUUACCUUGAAGAUAGCAUGCUCUACGCUCUCGCCUUAUGGAUGCAAGAUCUGCGAGGUGCUCUCCCUGCUCGAGUUGGAGGGGAUGUUGAAGAUACUGUGAACUUGCAAACUUCCACCAUCCUCUGUCUUCACAAAUUUGAAAUCCACUCUGUCUCGUUGCAGCUUGCUUUGAAGGUCAAGGUCGGAAUGCACAUCACUUGCAAGACUACCCAGUUCCGACUUAACAGCUUUGAGUGCUCCGAGGCUGUGCUUGACACGAAGACAUUGUUUUCACAGCUGAGUAUGCAUUACAUCUCACAAGUAUUGAUUCGAGCGGGUCUGGUCUUGGGCAGCCUAGAGCUCAUCGGCAAUCCCGCUUGCCUGGUGGCAUCUUUUGCUGAGGGUGUCUGGGAUCUGGUUCAUUUCGCAGACGGUGAAAAGACGGCCACUCAGGAACAGCUGAAUUUGUUAAGAGGUCUCGCUCGUGGUUUGGUGUCUUUAGCGAAGCACACUACUGGUGGAGUGUGUAGUUCACUGACCGGCUUGGCAUCCAGUGUUGCACGGAAUCUGCAUGAACUCUCGCUGGAUGAGGAGCACAUCCGACGCACCACAGAGAUUCGCCAGCACCACCAACUCGCGGGGCUAGGCGAAGGCUUGAGACUGGGUAUCAGCGAGUUGGGCCUCAGCCUACUAGGUGCGCUAGCAGGCGUCGCACACCAUCCCCUCUUUGCUCUCCUUCAAUCUCAGUCUCCCUUUCCCUCCUCGAGUCCCUCUCCACCACCGCACCGCCUAGUCCGCAUGGCGGAGGAGUUCGCUGGUGGAGUGGGACGGGGCCUUAUCGGCCUUUUGGUCAAACCUCUCGCUGGAGUGGCCGACUUCGUCGCCUUCACUGGUGCCGGAUUCAUGCAUGGAAUGGGCACCGGAUGGGGUAUCACCUCACCACCCGUUCACAUGUGUUGCUUGACAAGUUUGCCUGAUGUUUCGCAUCUUGUUGAUGGAGCUCUUCUACACAAGUGGUCCUGCGCUCUCAUGCGAAGUCUAAAUGUCCCGCAUCCUCACAAAUAUCUCUGGACGGGAGUUUGUGUGGAUACGACAAGGACAGUUCUCACCUGGCUCUGCCUUCCUUGCUAUGGGCCAUUGUUCACUAUUGAGUUUAAGGUACAUGUACAGACUGUACAAAUGGGCGUCCUAGGAGUUGAUUUUGAGGACACAAGUCAGGAUGUUCUGGUCAAUAGAUAUCAUCUCUCUGCCGGAGAAAAGGACGUUUUACUGCGUGCGCUUCGUAAUGCCAAGGGCACAAUGACUGCUAUUGAAGGGUAUGAUGUCGUUGGGGAUUCUGAAACAAGUCAUCAUUUGGAACGUGUCAGAACCUAUCUCUCAGGUCUAUCUCAUCCGGCGAGUAAACAAGUCUGUACCCAAUAA